UGACAUGCAUCUACUAGACAUGGAGUCGAUGGGGAAGAGCUCUGAUGGGAAAGCCUAUGUGAUCACAGGAACAUGGAACCCAAACAUGGCCGCCUUCCAGCCUCUAAAUGAAGACACGCCCAAAGAUAAGCAGAUCUACAUGACCGUUGCAGCAGACCUGGUCGUCACUGAGGUGGUGGAGCCGGUGCGCUUCCUCAUGGAAACUCUGGUCAGGGUUUAUCCAUCAAACGAACGCUUCUGGUACUUCAGCCGCAAGACCUUCAGUGAGACUUUCUACCUCAAACUCAGACAGCAGGCACCAGAGAGGCUGGGUCAGAGCGAUGCUGUGUACGAGGUGGUGAGUCUUCAGAGGGAGGCGGAGAGAAGUAAUGAAGGAAGAGGACAACUGGCGUCGCCCACUGAGGAGGAGGAGGUUGAAGAAGAUAGCGACAGUGAAAUCUCCAGUGGGACAGGAGACGUUUCCAAAGACUGUCCUGAGAAAAUCCUGGAGUCCUGGGGAGUUAUUCUGAACAGAUGGCACGGGAAUCUGUCCACGCGUCCGAAGGGUCUGCCCUCGUUGGUGCGCAGCGGCAUUCCUGAGCCACUCAGAGCUGAAGUCUGGCAGCUGCUGGCCGGUUGCCACGACAACCACGACCUGCUUGAGCAGUACCGCAUCCUCAUCACCAAGGACUCGGCUCAGGAAGGCGUCAUCACCCGGGACAUCCACCGCACCUUCCCUGCACACGACUACUUCAAGGACUCAGAGGGAGACGGUCAGGAUUCACUUUACAAAAUCUGCAAGGCGUACUCCGUCUAUGAUGAGGAGAUUGGUUACUGUCAGGGUCAGUCGUUCCUCGCUGCUGUUCUCCUCCUGCACAUGCCCGAGGAGCAGGCCUUCUGCGUGUUGGUGAAGAUCAUGUACGAGUACGGCCUUCGAGCUCUCUACAAGAACAACUUUGAGGAUCUUCACUGCAAGUUCUACCAGCUGGAGAGGCUGAUGCAGGAACAGCUUCCAGACCUGUGGUCGCACUUCCAGGAACUGAACCUGGAGGCGCACAUGUACGCCUCCCAGUGGUUCCUCACCCUCUUCACCGCCAAGUUCCCCCUGUGCAUGGUUUUCCACAUCACUGACCUGCUGCUCUGCGAGGGUCUGAACAUCAUCUUCAAUGUGGCCCUGGCACUCCUCAAGACGUCCAAAGAGGACCUCUUGCAGGCGGACUUUGAAGGAGCUCUCAAGUUCUUCAGAGUCCAGCUCCCGAAACGCUACCGAGCCGCAGAGAACGCUCGCAGGCUCAUGGAGCAGGCCUGCAACAUCAAGGUUCCAACCAAAAAGCUGAAGAAGUUUGAGAAGGAAUAUCAGACGCUGAGAGAGAGCCAGCUGCAACAGGAAGACCCCAUCGACCGAUACCAGAGGGAGAACCGUCGUCUUCAGGAGGCCAGCAUGAGACUGGAACAGGAGAACGAUGACUUGGCCCAUGAACUGGUCACCAGUAAGAUUGCUCUCAGGAACGAUCUGGACCAGGCAGAGGACAAGGCGGAUGUUUUGAACAAAGAGCUGCUGAGCACCAAGCAGCGUCUUGUUGAGACGGAGGAGGAGAAGAGGCGACAGGAGGAGGAGACCGCUCAGCUGAAAGAAGUGUUCAGGAGGGAGCUGGAGAAGGCCGAGCUGGAGAUCAAGAAAACCACGGCGAUCAUAGCUGAAUACAAACAGAUCUGCUCCCAGCUGAGCACCAGGCUGGAAAAACAGCAGGCGGCCACAAAAGAAGAGCUGGACAUCGUCAGGAGUAAAGUGAUGGGCUGCGAGCACUGCAGGGAUCUGUUCGGCACACUCGGGUCCCUCCAGACGGCGUCCCCUGGCAGGGACCGGACGUCCAACGAGCCGCUGGACGAGGAGAAGGACGGACUGAAGGAGCAGCUGAGGCACCUGGAGCUGGAGCUGGCGCAGACCAAACUGCAACUGGUGGAGGCCAAGUGCCGCAUCCAGGAGCUCGAGCACCAGCGAGGAGUCCUGAUGAACGAGAUCCAGGCGGCCAAGAACUCCUGGCUCAGCAAGACUCUGGGCUCCCUGAAGAGCUCCUCCUCCUCCUCCUCCACCUCGUCCUCCUCCGUCUCCACAUCCCAGACCCCGUCCUCUCCAAAGGAAGGCCCUGCCUAGACGAGCCCUCCUUCCAUCUCCGUCCUCUGCAGGAUGCACACACGAGCCGAGGAACUGGAGCUGAAGAGAUGAGCAACACGGGGAUGCAGUAUUCCUUUUUUUUUUAACCCUUCAUUUGUAUCCAGCGGCAAAGCAGAGCUCGCCUGCUUCUUGGACUGCAAAGAGCUGAAAAAUGCAAGGAGAGAAACGGCGGAGGACUGGAGGAGGAGGAGCCGUCUGUUACUUAAUGUUUACAUUUCAGUGUCUGUGGAUCAGGAUCAGGUUUGAAGAGAAUUUAAAGUUCAGCAGUUCUUGUGAAAACUUUCUUUGAGGGUAUGAUCUCCAAAUUUGAAGAAAUCUGAAUCACACACACGCGCACACACACACGCUGGCAUUCCUCAUGUAGUCCAAUAACUUAGCUCCACCUUGUGGUUAGGCAGUGCUACUGCAGAGAGUUGGAUCAUUAUGUUCUUGCUGGGAGUUAAACCUUCAUGCAGUCUCUUAGUUUGAACGGUUUUUCAGAUGAAAGCGAUAAAGCUGCAGAGAUUGAAGUUUACUAAACAACAUUAUAACCGUCUUCAGCGCAGAGAAGCCACCGCACUCUAAAAAAAAAAGGAAUACUGCAUUCAGAGCAACACAUCAAGUUGUAUUUCUUUACAGUAAUAUAACGUAAACAAUGUUGUCAUAUAAAUAUGUAUAACUAAUUAUUGAUUUUUGUAAUAAUCUUGUACAGAAAAAAAAACAGGAGGAAGACUUCUUUGUUAAUUUUUUUUUAUUACUGUUUGGAUUUUUGAAUGUCAUCUCUCUAGAUGUCGACGUAAGCACAGCGUGUGAUCGAUCCGGUCGAGUCCAAACGCUGAAGGGUUCAAGUGACAACCUGCAGGUCUUUUUGUGGAUGUUCUGACGUCCUCAUCAGCCGGGGCUUAAAAUGACCCGAUCAUAUCUCUGAGAGGAUGUUUUUACUCCCAGAUCAAGCUCAUUAAAGUCUUUCUUUUUUUUAUUAAAGACCAGAUUUUAAACAUGUUACUUUUUUUAAACUCAUCUCCUGAGUCAGUUAGAGAUGUCAUCCAGGGAAGCAAAUUCAGACGGUGGAGUACAGGUGGAAGAUAGCUUUAUCUAUGAGAUCAAACAUUUCUGUUUAAUGCAACGCUUUGUACACAACAGCAAUCGCUGAAUAAACAACAAGCUAAAUAUUAACGAGCAUGACUAAGUUGUAAACCCACCAAAUGUUGCCAAAUACGCCAUUUAGACAGCUGUGCCAACCACCUUCUUUCCCCUUUGUCGUGUCAAAAUCCACUUUUUCAAAAUGACUCACACAAUAAGAGCAUGUGGAAACAUUAAUCUUCAGUUUCAACUGGUUCAAACUACAGUGCAAAUGUCAAUACGGCUACAAGUUAACAUCUCAGCUGUCGUCAGGUGGAGUCUCUAUCUGAAUGUGGUACGGUGGCUGGGAAGUGCAAUGCACAUUUACAGAGGAUUAAACACUUUUAAAGAGACAGGACAUUUUUACAGUCCUGAAACAAAUGUACAAACUGCAGAUUCUACCGGAAAAGGAACGUACCAAAUUUACUUUAUUUUAUUUUUUUGUUUAAUCUUGAUCUUUUUAAACAUCUGGCAAGCGACUAUGGAGGUAAUCUAGCCUUUUGGCUAAUUCUGGCAUAUUUUAAAAAGUGUGAAUUAAUAUGCAUGGUCCUUUUAGAUUAAAACACAUUUAAAAAACGCUUUUUUUUCUCUCCAAAUUUUAAACAGCUGAUAUUUUAAAAUCACACGUCAGAUCAAGCUGUGAUUGGCUGGAUUACACUAUGAGGUUGUCCACUAUGAGUCUGAACCAUAACGAGUUGAUUUGUUCAUAAUCUCUGAUUGAAAUUGUCCAGAAUUAUUGCUAUUUCUUCAAAUUUCUUCAGACUUUUAUUUUGAAAGGACACAUCAGAAUGGCCUGUGAUUGGCAGGACGGUCCAGUAUUUGGUACAUUCCUUUUUCUAGUUGAAUCUGACGUUUGUAAAUCUGUUUCUGGAUUGCUAAAAAUGUUCCGUCUCUUUAAAAGUGUUUCUGAUUUUGUUCAUUUGUUUUCUUAAAAUAUAAAAGUGUUGUUGUUUCGGCCUCGAUGAAAGUGUUUCUGAUUUUGUUAUUCUGUUUUCUUCAAUGUAAGAAUGUUUUCCAAAAUGUAAACCAGUCUCCAACCUUGUCAAAGUGUUUCAUCCUUUGUAAAUUUGCAUCUCACUUCCCAGCGACCGUGCUGUGGGACGGUGUGAGAUGAGCAGCAGACUGCGUCACGUCAAAUAGAGGAAAGGUUCUCAUUAAAGGAGCUACGUCGAUUUUAAGAAAAUAAUUUGAGCUUCUAAAGUGAGGAGGAUUUGUCUCUGUGUGUGUGUAGUCAAACACACUCACACUGAACAGAGUAGAUGCCAAAUCUCCUGCUUUUACUCUCCACGCUGGUUGUCACUGAAUUCAGCAUUUGGACUCGACGAAGCCCAUGUGUACCUGUUUGUAUGAAUGUGUGUGUGUGUGUGUACGUGUGUGUGUGUGUGUGUGCUGCACUGUAACUAACUCAGUGGUAAAGUUGGUAAAGUUUUACUUGUUCACGUGGCUGCCUUUUUCUGUUGCUGACUGAAGCUCUUUGCUGAUGAGAGGAAAGCCAUCCGACUGUUCAGAACGUUUGAUGGAGUCAGCUGUGCCAUAAAAGUCUCCCGUCUGCUCCGUCCCUGUCCCCAUCCCUGUCCCCAUCCCUGUCCCCGUCCCCGACCCCUAAUCUGACCUGAACACCCCAACAACCAUGUCACAUGACCUGCUGGUAUCAUUUGUAGCAGACUGUAUCACACACUUCCAUCAUUCAGCCCCUGAGAGCCACCGCGGAGCAGCUGCACAGUCAGACAUGCAUCAUCAUCAUCAUCAUGGUCAGGGAAGGUGAAUAUCAUUGUAUUCCAGGUGUGUUUUGCGUUUCCAGGACAUUCCUUGUGCAUCAUCAUCGUUGUUAUUGUUGGUCACAGGCGUCACGUAAAGUGUGGCGAAGUUGGAGAAACGUCCCGUCUUUUCUGCGCACUAAAGCAACGUUGAUAUUUUAAACACUAUUUCAAGACGUGUGUGUUUGUUUGAAUGUUAUUCUGAUCACAGAGCAUCAUUAUUUUUUAACCGAUGAUUAUUGUUGAGGAAAGAAAAGAGAAAAAAAAGGACGGAUGCCAAUUUGUAAUCCACUCUAAUCUGCAGUUCAUUUCAAUGAUGCAAAAGCCGGCGGGGAGUCAGAUUACAGGUGUGAUACGUGAUGUGUAAUUUGCUGUAAUCCCAGAGUCCUGUUACACAUGGAGGGACUGCUCCUCACACUGUUUGCUGUACAAUAACCGUAUGACCUGCAUUAAUAAAUCAAGUUUUUCUGUUUA